AUGGAUUUAGUGCUCGAGUUUUGCGACUCGUACUUCUUCGACUAUGUGUAUGCCACACUGCUGCCAGCAUCGCUGUCGCCGAAGAUGGGCGGGACUUGGCAGCAGGCGAUGAUUAAGGAGCAGAUGGUAAAUGCGACGCGCGUGUUCGGGAGGUCGCUUGAGAGGCCGCUGGAGGUAUAUGGGUAUGCACCGUUUAUGUUCGAGGUUAGCCCGCAUGCUUUCGGGUCGGUGCUGCCGCGAUACAGCCUGUUGCGGCAGAGCUUGUCUCUGUUUUUGGUGACGACAGUGUUUGGCUGGCUGCUGUACCUGAUCGUGGCGUCAUUCUCUUAUGUGUUCGUUUUCGACAAGUCCGUAUUCAACCACCCGCGCUACCUGAAAAACCAGAUGAGUAUGGAGAUCAAGCAGGGGUUGGGAGCGAUCCCGUACAUGGCGGUCAUGACGGUGCCAUGGUUCCUGCUCGAAUUGCACGGCUACUCGCAUCUGUACAUGGGCCUCGAGCUCAACGUGCGUGGCUACGUGCGGCUGGCGCUGGAGGCACUGUUCUUUAUUCUAUUCACGGACUUCGGGAUCUACCUGCUCCAUCGCUGGCUGCACUGGCCGGCCGUGUACAAGGUGCUGCACAAGAAGCACCAUAAGUGGCUUGUGUGCACGCCGUUCGCAUCCCACGCGUUCCACCCCAUCGACGGCUACCUGCAGUCGCUGCCCUACCACCUCUUUCCGAUGCUCUUUCCGCUGCACAAGGUUUCGUACCUGGUGCUUUUCACAUUCGUUAACGUAUGGACGGUGAUGAUCCACGACGGCGAGUACCUCUCCAACGACCCCGUCAUUAACGGCGCCGCCUGCCACACCGUUCACCACCUGUACUUCAACUAUAACUACGGACAGUUUACUACGCUUUGGGACCGGCUCGGCGGCUCCUACCGCGAACCCGACCACGAGUUGUUUGACUCGAACCUGAAGAAGGACAAGGCUGUAUGGGAGCAGCAGAUAAAGGAGGUCGACGAAAUGAUCAAGAACGUGGAAGGCCCGGCGGACGACCGCGUCUACGAGCGCUGA